AUGAAUGCCCAGCUGCUAAAUCCUUUCGCUCGUGAUACGCCAGAGCGCAUUGAGAGCUCGCUUGAAAAUGCGAGCGCUACGUGCCUCGCCUUCAAUCGUGGCCGAGGCCUGUUUGCGGGUCAGUACCUGGCAGUCGGGCGCUCGGAUCACUAUGUUGCGAUCUAUGACCUAGAGCUGCGGACCAUACUGCGGUGGUUCCUUGGUCAUGUGAAGCCGAUCACGUCCGUGAGCUGGUCUCCGUAUGGACGCUACCUGGCCUCUUCUUCACUCGAUUGGAACGUCAAUAUUUGGGAUUUACGUCAUGGACCGGCCAAGUGUGUGAGAACCCUCAGAUUCACGGCUCCUGUCCUGCAAGUGCAAUUCUCACCUAGCUCAAGCAGAACACUUCUUGCCGUACUCGAGUCGCGUGAAGCGUUCUUAGUCCGCUUUCCUUCAUGGGAGGACGUGCAGAGUACGACCAUGUCGACCGAGCCACGUCGUAUUGCAUUGCAUGGUACGCCAGACACGAGCGCUGCAUGCUUUACACCUGAUGGUCUUUGGAUUCUCACUGGUUCUGUGAAAGGGGUUAUACGUCUCGUCAAUGGACAAGACGGGCGCCUGGUGCAUGAUCUACCUUGUCAGAUUGGCGCGUCCAUGAUUCGAGAAAUAGUCUUGGACGAACAGUCGCGGCAUGUCGCUGUGAACAUGAAUGACCGGACUGUUCGGACUCUACGCGUGACGUAUAAUGAUGGAUGUGAGAUGCCGACAGGUCUCACGCCCACUCACAAGUUUCAGGAUUUGGUGAGUCGAACUCCCUGGAGCGGCAUUGGAUUUAGUCGUGGUGCAGAGUAUGUCAUUGGUGGCGCAGCGCAGGAUCCAACUCACAACAUCUACAUCUGGGAUAUGGACGCAGGCGUCCUGGUCAAAAUCCUCGAGGGUCCGCGAGAGCCGCUUGUGUAUGCAUGUUGGCAUCCUAUCAAGCCACUGAUUGCUUCUAUUGCAUCAUUUGGUGACGUAUACUUGUGGUCGACGAAGACCAACGAAAUUUGGAGUGCGUAUGCACCGGGCUUCGAAGAACUCGAGAAGAACGUGGAAUACGACGAGCCAGAGAAUGAAUUCGACCUGGACGAAGAGACCGACGAUACGCGCCAACGGCAGGAGGAAGCGGACAGGAUAGAUCUGUUCGCCAACGGACCCGUUCCUGACACGUCGCUACCGCCCACAGGCGUCGCGACGGACCUGACACGCACGCAUUCUACCUUAGCAGCCGAGCUGCGUCCUACUGCGGUAUGGUCGCCGGACAUGUUUCGAGAUGAUGACGAUCAAGUCGCAUUCAUAAUUCCUCCAUUGCUGGAGGACUAUACCUUGGACGAAGACGUAAAAGAAUAA